AUGGGUCGCGCCACCGUCAUCCUCCUCGUCCUCCACUACCUACUCUUAUCCUCAACCAGCUCCACCGCUUCCGCAGCUUACUUGGGCCUAGGUGCCUUUCUCAGCGAGCAGUACCGGCGUGAUCCACAAGCCAACAAUGACUCAUUCCUCUCACUUCCCACCUCCUUAAAGAGAUCUCUCGCGGUUCCCUCCAUUCAGAACCCGCCGACCCCGAAUUCUCUGCUUUCCCUUCAAGUUUCAGUUCCUAUCACCGUGAAGCUGGUCGGACCCACCUUCACCUCGUCGUCGCCGUCCCUUCUUUCGUCUUUCGUCGCCUCCGCCGUCUCCUCCGAUCAGUACCACGUCAUCACCCCGUUGUCCUCCUCCGAUUCUCACCACCUCUCACUCUCUCACUCCCUCCACCUCGAUGUCUCUUUAUCAUCUCCUUCUCUUGCUAAUCGACUCUCGGAGGCGCUCAAAACCCAUCUAUCCAGUACUCCAGCUCCCAUCCGAAACCCUUUGACCGGCGUACCUUACAAUCUAAUCGACAAGGUUAUUCAAGAAGAUUUUGAAAGAGACCAGCCUGUUGAUGGAAUUUAUAUCUAUAUCCUCCAUUUGGGUUCUCAAUCCAAGAACUAUGCUUACAGCUACACUGCUGGGGAUCCCUCCCCUGGUGUUACCAAGUGUAUGGGCUCUGUCUGGACCGGAAAAGAGCGUUACAUGUGGAUCGAUUUGGGUGCCGGACCGGUGGACUAUGGGCCGGCUUUGUCCGGCGACGGUGUCUUGCCUAGAGGUGAAUUCCAUCCUAUGGCGACAAUGCACGGCCGUCCCAAGUCUCAGAAGGCGUUGCUAGCUGACUUGGCAUCCCUCGUUUGGAGUGCUUAUCAGGUUCUGUUUGUGCCUUCUUUGAGAAUUCCUGUGCCAUUUGAGAAUUCUUUGAUAGUUCAAUUCAUACAUAUACGUGGUUCUUCUUCCGAUACUUAUGGGUUAGAUUGGAAGUCAAUAGAGAGAAGUUUUACCGAUGAGGUUAAAGGGAUGUUGUUGCCUGAUCAGAAGUUGAGUUUUAAGAAUUAUGAGAUCAAAUAUUCCGAGUGCGCAUUGUGUGCCUUUACCAUUGCGAGGGCAACCACUUCCUAUACUUCUAGGUACUUGUUUGAGAAUUAUACUUUGAUUGUCAGUGAGUACUUGGACUCCAAGCGAUUGCAUCAGACAAUUUCUAAAACAGCUGAAGAAUUUAGACGGUUGGCAAGUCUUCCUGAGGAAGACUUUGGUAGUAGGGUGCUUCCUGUGUACGUGUUUGAUCUGGAUGUUAACACGAUUUUGCUGCUUGAUCGGUACCACCAAUCUGUUUCCUUCAAAGAUAUGGUAAUUGCUGUCAGAACAAAGAAUACUCAGACUGUCAGUGAUUACAGUUGCAAUGGCCGUCAUGUGUUUACACAAACUCGAGAGCUUGAGAGACCACUUGUGGGUUCUAUUCUGCAAAGUAUGUGGGGAGUUUCGCCUACGCAUCUGAUGUGGAGCCCUAGGCAUAAUAGUACACUGGUGGAUUAUACAUGGAGUAUUGGGCAAACACCAUUUGGACCCUUUUCCGAGAUUUCUUCGUUAUCUUUUGUUCAGAAGGAUGCAGCCAAGAGAAAUGUGCUACUGACAACAUUUAAUUACACUAUAUCUAGUGCUAUUGAUGUUCUGGAAUCUAUUUCUGCAUAUGGUGGGGAGGGGAAGAUUUUCAGAAAGAAUCGGCAGAUUGAGUUCACUCAGAGGUGGAAUUUAUUCAAGUACAAGCUAGACAAAGCCAUUUCAUCACUGUCACAUUUUGAUUAUGAGAUGGCUUUAUUCUACUUGAGGUCUUCAGAUACCGAUUUAUAUGCCAUUCACUCGUUUGUUUAUCAUGCAUCUCAAGAGUUGGAGGCCACGCUCACUUGUUUCAAGGACCCACCAUUCCCAUGGGGGUCUGUAACUAUGUCUGCUGGAGUCUUUGUUGCUCUAAUAUAUGUUUACUCAAAAAGAGAAAUGUUGUUCAAGAAUAAGAGAAAACAGUUUUGA